AUGGUCAAGUUCUACAAUCACAUUGAGCCCGACCUGGCAGAAUGGGCGAUGAAGCAACAAGUCUUCUUUGUUGCCUCGGCCCCGUUGAGAGGGAGACACAUCAAUCUAUCUCCCAAAGGCCUGCCUUCUUCUUCGUUCUGUGUCCUAAACCGUAAUCUAUGUGCAUAUGUCGAUGCCACCGGCUCGGGCAUCGAAACCAUCUCCCACAUCCAGGAAAAUGGUCGCUGUACCGUCAUGUUCUGUUCAUUUGACGCCAGUCCUCGCAUAAUGCGCCUCUUCUGUACGGGCAGACUCGUGGCUUGGAACGAACCGGGUUUCGAUGGAUGGCUGAAGAGGAUGGGGAACAAGAAUGUUAUUGGAGCAAGGGCAGUCAUUAUUCUGGACGUGUUCAAGGCUCAAACUUCUUGCGGUUAUGCCGUGCCAUAUCUUGCGACCAAACCGGAUCCGGACAACGCUUCGAAGCAGAUUGCAUAUCUAGAAGACCGCAAUACUCUCGGCCACUGGGCCGGGAAGCAAGUUUCCAACGGCGUUAUAAACGACUAUCGGUCCCAGUGGAACGCUCGUUCUCUAGACGGCCUACCAGGUUUGAGAAUUGCGCGGAGUGACGCCGGUGAGCGUCUGUGGUAUGGUGACAUCAACGCACAGGCCCAGAAAAGAAAUGCCCUGCAACUGGCGCUCGUGGCGAUUUGUUCUGCCAUCUUAACCGUCUUGAGCAUGUAUAUGUUGGGCCUGACAACUUUGCAGAACUCACUCUCUUUUUAA